AUGCUUAAGAAGCUUCUCGUUCUGGCCCUUUCGGCGUCGGCCCUCGCCGCCGAUGCCGUCCCCGUUUUCAACAAGCGUCAGGCGGUCCCGAUCCCGUGCAGCGAGUCCAGUCGCAAGGCAUGCGGCGACGGCUGCAUUCCCCUGACUUACACAUGCUGUCCGGACCAGCAGGGAGGAUGCCCCUUGAGCUCAACAUGCUGGCUCGGCACGGAUGGCGCGUACGGUUGCUGCCCCAUCGGUCGGCGCUGCACCGGCCCGGGCGGAGUUGACACACAGCCCGGCAGCACAGUGAGCUCCACCAUCUUCUUUACCGAGUCGGUGCCGGACGAGGAGAGUUCCACAACCUUCUUCGUCUCGACGUCCACAUCGGUAAUCACUUUUACCUCAGAGGAGAGCACUUCAACAGAGACUCGCUUCGUGCCGGAGCCGACCACCUCCUCAUCCUUUCCUGCAGCCACCAACACCCAUAUGACGACAUUUGUAGCGCCUACGGCUACGGCGAGCAACACAUCUACAAGAGCGCCUCCGGUGACGUUUAACGGCGCAAAUAGCCGGAGCGGAUCGCUCUUCCAAGCCGCGGCAGCCGGUAUUAUGGCGCUUUUAGUGAUUUAA